CUCGAGGUUGUAUUCUUUUGAAAGGGCAACGUCCCAGUGAACUGAAAACUGCAGGUGCAUGGCUUCGAAAAAUUUUGUUCUCAGGUGAUCGAAUUUGGUGGUGUUUGAAUGUGUCUACAUCAAUUCUGCAGGAGCCUCUGGCCAUAGAUACUUCAGGAAAUGAAAAAUAUGGACCCGGAGUAUUUGAUGUCACACACCGAGUGGAAAAAAGUAAAUUUGGUAAGCGGAUACUACUGCGGUUAUCAGUUGAUCGGUGAUACCAGGUGGUGGGACAAGUUGGAGCAGCAUUUGAAGGAGAAGAGAGACUGGAUGCCUCUUUUGGUUGGAAUGGACGUAAGGACAAAAUUGGACAAACAUGGCAACGGCUUGCUUCACUACGCCGCUAAAGCGAACGACGAGAAAUUGGCCGCCCACUUGAUAUCGUCGGGAUGUGACGUCGACGAGACAAACCACGAUGGUUUUUCGCCCAUCGCUGUCGCAGUGAUGUUCAACAGCCACAGAGUGGCAAAGCUACUCGUCGAGUCCAAGGCAACGCUCGAAAACGUCCCUUUGAUUUACAAUUUUGGAUUGCUCCACGUGGCUGUUCUCGGUGGAGCCCACGAUUGUUUGGAACUGCUACUCGAUGCCGGCGUUGAUGUCAACAGUGUCGACGAUGAUCAAUGGGGCCUCUUGCACGUGGCGAUUCACUUCAAGCAAUGCCGAGAAAAUCCCGAAAACCACAAGAUGAUCAAAAAAAUCCUCGACCGUGGAAUAAACGUGAAUACCAAGUGCCAAAACGGAGCCACAGCAUUGGAUUUUGCUUGCGUGCACAGCUACUCAACAGGGAUAAAGCAGCUACUGAGCGCCGGAGCUCAAGGAUCGUACCACACCAGCCUGCUGAUGAGCCUCUGUAGCGAUACAUAUGAUCAAACCAGGACAUUGUUGAGAACGAGGAGCCAACGCGGAUCGAACCGUAAAGUGUACGAGAAGUUGAAACAUCUGCAAGCGGAGCAGCAAGAAAAGGCAAAGCUUCUCAUCGAGGCUGGAGCUUCGGUUGUUCAUUCCGACACCAAAAACCUCCUGAUCCUCGUCUACGCGUGUGCGACUCUGAAUUUAGAUUUGAUCGAGCUGUUGCUGGUCAAUGGUGUAGCUACCGUCAAACAAAAGUACUGUUUGAUCUCUCGAGUAGUUGUAUCCCCGGUGGUGUUGCCAAUCAUCUCGUACAACACGUACUCCCUGGUGCAUCGCAACAAAAGUCACGACGAGUACAUCGAGGAGGAAUCCGGCAGGGAAAUAGUCGACACCCAAGUGAAGUGCAUCAAACUCUUACUGAGGCACGGAGCCGACAUCAACGUGAGCGACGUGGUAUUCAAAAAUGGUCAUUCCUGUGCGCCGAUUUGCGCGGCCGUUUCUCUGAGCCACAGUGCGGUGGUGCGCCUCUUGUUGACCAGCGGCGCGAGUUUCGAUUACGAGAACCAGUUCAUCAAUUUCGGCAGCCGGAAACAAGCGCGAAAUCUGCACGAGGUAAUCAAGCACACGGCCAAGAGGGAAAUGCUGGGCCAGAGGAGUACCGGACCACUGAUAGUCAACUUCAAGCUGGAUACGCUGGACGAGGAUUGGCGGGGGGUUUAUUUGAAGUGCGUGGACGAGCUGAGCGCGUCGAAACGGACGUUGUGCUGGAGCCAGGGGGCGGUGACCUUUUGGAAUCUGUUGACCGAUCGCAGCCUCGAGUCGUACGCGUCCAACCAGAGUCUGGUGUCCGCCGUGAAGAAGCCCAACGUCGAGAGGCGCUUCCCGAUCUUCGGCGAGGAGAUCACGGGGCGCUUCUCCGAGGCGAAAAUGAGACAAAGGUUGCUUAGGAACGCAACCGGUGUCCUUUGCCGGAUGUUGGCUUGGAACGUCAACGCCUAUCCCCACGUUGUCCGCGACAUUUUGCGAAACUUGCCCGACACCGAUCUGGUAUCUUUGGCGCUCGUGUGAUUUUUUUUCCGUCGAUUCUUUACUACCCCGUGUUCUUCCAUACGUAGAUGUAACAAAGUGCCGAAAAUCGAGUUCUAUUCGAUCAAAUAGGAUAAUCCAGGAGUGCUAGUCGGUUUUAGAGCAACGCGCAGUUUUACGUUUUUAUGGUGUUUUCGUUGAUAAAAAUGUUCCGUGAUUUUAACCAAGUGAUUGAAAUACCAAAGUUUUACCAUACAAAAGUUUGGCUCUUCGUCGUGAAUUGAUAAAGCACAUUUUUUUGUACUUUUAUGCAUUGGUUUCAUAAAUUGACGUUUAUU